GGAUAAGACCGUGAGACAUGGCUGAGGAUAAAAGCAAGAGAGACUUCAUCGGAAUGAGUAUAAAGGGAGGCCAAACAAACAACGGGUUUGUCCAAAAUGAAGACAUUCUAGAGAGAGACCCAGAUCCAGGCAGCAGGGCUGACAGCCCACACCUCACCGCCGUGGGCAUCCCGGGCUCCGCAGAGCCCGACCUGAAGGACAUCCAGCCCUAUGCAGGGAUGCCCAAGGAGGUGCUGUUCCACUUCUCGCGCCAGGCUCGCUACCGGGUGCCCCGGGAGAUCCUCUUCUGGCUCACUGUGGCUUCUGUGCUCGUGCUCAUUGGGGCCACCAUAGCCAUCAUCGCCAUCUCCCCAAAGUGCCUCGACUGGUGGCAGGCGGGGCCCAUGUACCAGAUCUACCCGAGAUCUUUCAAGGACAGCGAUCAGGAUGGAAACGGAGAUCUAAAAGGUAUUCAAGAUAAACUGGACUACAUCACAACUUUAAAUAUAAAAACUGUUUGGAUUACUUCAUUUUAUAAAUCAUCCCUUAAAGAUUUCCGACAUGGUGUUGAAGAUUUCCGAGAAAUUGAUCCUAUUUUUGGAACAAUGAAAGAUUUUGAGAAUUUGCUUGCAGCCAUACAUGAUAAAGGUUUAAAAUUAAUAAUCGAUUUCAUACCAAACCACACCAGUGAUAAUCAUACUUGGUUUCAGUUGAGUCGGACCCGGACAGGGAAAUAUACUGAUUAUUAUAUCUGGCAUGACUGUACUCAGGAGAAUGGCAUAACCAAACCACCCAACAACUGGUUAAGUGUAUACGGAAACUCCGGUUGGCAGUUUGACGAAGUACGAAACCAAUGUUAUUUUCACCAGUUUACGAAAGAGCAACCUGAUUUAAAUUUCCGCAAUGCUGAUGUUCAGGAAGAAAUAAAAGAAAUUAUACAGUUCUGGCUCGCCAAGGGUGUUGAUGGCUUUAGUUUCGAUGCUGUUAAAUUUCUUCUAGAAGCAGAGCAUCUGCGAGAUGAGUCCCAAGUGAAUAAGACCCAAAUGCCGGACACGGUCACACAGUACUCGGAGCUGUACCACGACUUCACCAGCACACAGGUGGGGAUGCACGACAUUGUCCGCAGCUUCCGGCAGACGAUGGACCAAUAUAGCAGUGAGCCUGGGAGAUACAGGUUCAUGGGGACUGAAGCCAAUGGAGAGACAAUUGACAGGACCAUGAUGUACUACGGGUUGUCUUUUAUCCAAGAAGCAGAUUUUCCCUUCAAUGAUUACCUCACGAGCCUGAACACUCCUUCUGGGAACAGUGUGUUUGAGGUUAUCACAUCCUGGAUGGAAAACAUGCCAGAAGGAAAAUGGCCUAAUUGGAUGAUCAGUGGACCAGACAACGCCCGGCUGUCUUCUCGUCUGGGGACAGAAUAUGUCAACAUCAUGAACAUGCUUGUUUUCACACUCCCUGGAACUCCCAUAACUUACUAUGGCGAAGAAAUAGGAAUGGGAGAUAUUUUAGCCACAAAUCUCAACGAAAGCUAUAAUGUUGAUACCCUUCUCUCAAAGUCACCAAUGCAGUGGGACAAUACCUCAAAUGCUGGUUUUUCUGAAGGCAGUCACACUUGGUUACCCACCAGUUCAGAUUACCACACUGUGAAUGUCGAUGUCCAAAAGACUCAGCCCACAUCAGCAUUGAAGUUAUAUCAAGAAUUAAGUCUGCUUCAUGCCAAUGAGCUGCUCCUCAGCAGGGGCUGGUUUUGCUACUUGAGGAAUGACAGCAACUUUGUCGUGUACGCAAGAGAGCUGGAUGGCAUAGACAGAGUUUUUCUUGUGGUUCUGAACUUUGGAGAAUCAUCACUGCUAAAUCUAAAGGAAAUGAUUUCAAAUAUUCCCACGAGAGUGACGAUAAGGUUAAGUACCAAUGCUGCCUACAAAGGCAGUGAAGUUGACACCUCCGCCAUUGUACUGGACAAGGGAGUAGGUCUCAUUCUUGAAUACAACACGAAGAAUCUUUUUCAUCAUCAAACAGCUUUCAGUGACAGAUGUUUUGUUUCCAAUCGGGCAUGCUAUUCCAGUGUAUUAAACAUACUGUACAGCCUGUGUUAGGCACCUCUAUGAAAGAGAUGAAGACACUACCAUUCUUUUCU